GCCCGCGCGGCCCGGCUCAGGCCGCCCGCCCCUGGACUCGGGGCACCUGUGGCGGCCGGCGGACCCUGGCCGGCCCCGCGCUGCUCCGGGCUGAAACGACAUCGGUGUCACUCGGCCCCGCCGACCUCAGGCCGGGCCGCCCACCCGGGCCGCCCCCGGGCCAGCCCUGGGCGCUCACGAUGGUCCCGCACGGCCCGCCCUGAGCCCAGCGCUGCUGCGGGGCUGUGCCUGAGCCGACACAAACUUUUGCUCUUGAACUCCGCUCUGCCCCUUCUUUUGGCCCAAGGCGACCUCGGCAACCCUGACCACAAUAGGCCCUCCGGAGAGACCAGAAAGGCCCCCGGGUGGCCUGGGGCCUCCCCGGCUCUUUCUGGAUGGAGGCGCCUCAGGAAGGAGCUGGCUGAACACUUUGGCCUUCGCCUUCCAGCCCCUGCCGACCACACCUCCCCUAGUGCAGAGGCUGCGUGAGGAGCAGGAAAUGCUGUACCAGCCGGCUCCCCAGGAUCUCUGUCUGACCUCCAGGAUGGAGCUGGGGCCAGUGACCGAGACCUUCGUGCUGGAGCUUCGGCGUCUUGAAGGCAGGGGCCCAGGACCUCACACCCUCUCAGGUGGCAGCGGUGGGAGUGAGAGUCAGGAGGAAGAAGAGGCUCAGGAGAGGAGCAGCAGCCCACCACGGCCAGAAAUCUCAGCCCUGAUGGGGGCCGGUGAAAUCGCUGAGGAAGCCCCCCCGGAAAAGCAGGAGCCGCGACCCCCACAGUUAGAACAGCAGCCAGAGCUGCAGCAAAAGCCACGGCAGAAGCGGCUGCGACAGCAGCGACCACGGAACCAGUCAUCAGGGCAUCAGCCAGAAUCACAGCAGCAGCAAGAUGGCCAAGAGCAGCUGCCUGAACAGCAGCAGGAACUGCAGGAGAAACCCCGGUCUGUGCAGGAAGAGCCACCGAAGCCACAGAUGCAGCUGAUACAGCGGCAGACACAGUUACAGGAGCAGCAGGUGCAAGAGCAGCAGCUGUCACAGCCACAGGAGGAGCGGUUGCAGCAGCAGCAGCAGCAGGAUGGGCAACAGCCGCUGCCUCAACAGCAGCAAGAACUACAGGAAGAGCCCCAGGCUGUGGAACAAGAGCUGCGGAAAGCCCAGCUGCAGCUGGUGCAACAGCAAGAGCAGUCACAGAAGCAGCCAGUGCAAGAACAGCCACUGUCACAGCCACAGCAGGAACAGUUACAGCCACAGCAGCUGCUAGGACAACAGCAGCAGCUGCAAGAGCAGAAACAGCAGUUACAGCAGGAACAGCCACCGCUGCAGCAGCGCGAACAAUUACAGCAGCAACAGAAGCAGCUACAACCACAGCAGGAACAGCUCCAGCUGCAGCAGGCACAGCUCCAGCUGCAGCAGCAACAGUUGCAGCAGCUGCAGCAGCAGCAACAGUUACAGCAGCAGCAGCUGCUGCAGCAGCAGCAAGAACAGGUACAGCAACAGCUGCUGCAGCAGCAGCAGGAACAGUUGCAGCUGCUGCAGCAGCAGCAGGAACAGUUGCAGCUGCUGCAGCAGCAGCAGGAACAGUUACAGCAGCAGCUCUUACAGCAGCAGCACUUACAGCAGCAGCAGCUGUUGCAGCAGCAGCAGCAAGAACAGUUGCAACAGCAGCAGCUGCAGCCCCGUCCACUGGAGCCCGAGGAGGAGGAGGAGGAAGAGGUAGAGCUGGAGCUCCUGCCAGUGGACUUGGGUUCGGAGCAGGAGCUGGAGCAGCAGCGGCGGGAGCUGGAGCGGCAGCAGGAGCUGGAGAGACAACAGGAGCAGCGGCAGCUGCAGCUCAAACUGCAGGAGCAGCUGCAGCAGCUGGAACAGCAGCUGGAGCAGGAGGAGCAGCAGGAGGUGCAGCUGGAGCUGACCCCCGUGGAGCUGGGGGCCCAGCAGCAGGAGGUGCAGCUGGAGCUGGGGGCCCAGCAGCAGGAGGUGCAGCUGGAGCUGACGCCCGUGCAGCCGGAGCUGCAGCUGGAGCUGGUGCCCGCCGCCGGGGGCGGCGGGGCUUCGGUACCUGGGGCUCCCGCUGCAGUCGUGGUGGCCCCCCCAGGCUACGUGGUACUGCAGGAGCUCAUGGUGCUGCCGGCCGUGUCCGCGCCCUCGGUGGUGGCCAUCCCGGGCCCGGCGGGCAGCGCGGCCCUGACGCCCGCCCGGCAGCGGCGGCGGCGGCGCGCCCGGGACCGGCCGACCAUCUGCGGGGAGUGCGGCAAGGGCUUCAGCCGCAGCACGGACCUGGUGCGGCACCAGGCCACGCACACGGGCGAGCGGCCCCACCGCUGCGGCGAGUGCGGCAAGAGCUUCUCGCAGCACUCAAACCUGGUGACGCACCAGCGCAUCCACACGGGCGAGAAGCCCUACGCCUGCUCCUACUGCGCCAAGCGCUUCAGCGAGAGCUCGGCGCUCGUGCAGCACCAGCGCACGCACACGGGCGAGCGGCCCUACGCCUGCGGCGACUGCGGCAAGCGCUUCAGCGUCUCGUCCAACCUGCUGCGCCACCGCCGCACGCACUCGGGCGAGCGGCCCUACGUGUGCGAGGACUGCGGCGAGCGCUUCCGGCACAAGGUGCAGAUCCGCCGCCACGAGCGCCAGCUGCACGGCGCCGGCCGCUCCCGGGGCCUGGGUCUGCUCCGCGGCGCGCGCACGGCCGCCGGCGGGGCCCCGCGCACCGAGCCGGCGGCGGACAAGGCUCCGAAGGAGCCUGACUUGCUGGCUUUGCAAAGCGGGCCCUCCCUGGCAGUGGUGGCACAUGUCCCUGGCCUGCCCGUGCUUAGACCUCACCUCCCACGCUCCCUGCCCGCUGAAUUUGUGCACAUUGAGAGCUGGGGCUUCCUUCCCGAGACGAUGGCAGCCCUUCACACGACUCCGGAGUCCCCAGCUACCCAGCUGCAGAGGGCGGAGGAUGGGUCGGAAUGUCCUGAUCAGGAGGAAGAAGAGGAAGAGGAAAAGGGGGAAGAGGUGGAGGAAAUAGAGGAGGAGGAGGAGAUGCUGGUGGUGGAGGAGGACGAGGAUGAGGACAUGACGGAGGUGGUGGAGGAGCUGGAGGCAGAGAGGGUGCAGGCAGGGCAGGUGGAACAGGUGCAGGUGGAGGAGGACGAGGACGUGGCAGAGGUGGUGGCAGAAGAACAGAGUCCACCGUUGGGGACCCAGGAAUGCCUUAGCUUUGAUGGUGAUGCCAAGUCCCCAGUUCUUCAGGGAAAAGCCCUGCAGGCCUCCCAGGCUCCAGCCACACCUCGGGAUGAGGACCUGGAGCAGGAGGAGGAGGACGAGGAGGAAGAGGAGGAGGAAGAGGAGGAGGAUGAUCUCCUGAUAUCUGGGUCUCAGGGGCUGGUGACCUUUGAAGACGUGGCUGUGUAUUUCUCCUUGGAGGAGUGGGAAAGGCUAGACAUGGAGCAGCGGGCACUCUACAAGGAAGUCAUGCAGGAAAACUAUGGGAUCCUGGUGUCCUUGGGAUACCCAAUCCCCAAGCCGGAUCUGAUCUUCCGGCUGGAGCAGGGAGAGGAGCCUUGGGUCCCAGAUAGCCCCCGUCCUGAGGAGGGAGACAUUGUCACUGGUGUCUACACAGGGGCCUGGUUCUGGACGGACGACAUGGAGGACCACGAGGAGGAGGAUGACGAGGACUUCCUGGCAGAGGUGGCUGAGGAGGAGAACGAGCCCCCUGGGCUGUGGUCAGCGGCCUACGGUGUGGGGGAUGUGCCUGGGACGUGGGGCCCCGACGACUCGGAUUCAGCUCAGACUCCAGAGGGAUGGGGCCUCGACCCCAGCGUCCUGGCGGAUGGGGCCGAGGCGAAGCCUUUUCUGCCGGGCCGGGAGCCUGGUGCAAGCUUGCUGGCGCCCUGGGCCUUCCCAGCCGCGGUGGCUGCUCCCACCGGGCGGCCGGAGACGACUUGUGAUGUGUGCGGCAAAGUGUUCCCGCACCGGUCACGGCUGGCCAAGCACCAGCGCUACCACGCGGCCGUCAAGCCCUUCGGCUGCGACGAGUGCGGCAAGGGCUUCGUGUACCGCUCGCAUCUGGCCAUCCACCAGCGCACACACACCGGCGAGAAGCCCUUCCCGUGCCCGGACUGCGGCAAGCGCUUCGUGUACAAGUCGCACCUGGUUACGCACCGGCGCAUCCACACGGGCGAGAGGCCCUACCGCUGCGCCUUCUGCGGCGCGGGCUUCGGGCGCCGCUCCUACCUGGUCACGCACCAGCGCACGCACACGGGCGAGCGGCCCUACCCGUGCCCGCACUGCGGCCGCAGCUUCAGCCAGAGCUCGGCGCUCGCGCGGCACCAGGCCGUGCACACGGCCGACCGUCCCCACUGUUGCCCCGACUGCGGCCAGGCCUUCCGCCUCCGCGCCGACUUCCAGCGCCAUCGACGUGGCGGUGGCUGCACGGACCCUGGCGGCGACGGCCCUCGUCGGGAACCCUGCGAGACAGUGCCCACGGCCGGGCCCGAAGAGGCCGGGUCCGAAGAGCCCGAGGGGCCUGAGGUCGGCGAGGCAGACGGAGAGGCCGAGGCUGAUGCUGAGGCGAGAGAGGCAGCGGUGGAGGCAUCCAUUUCUGGGAGCAAGGAGGACCCUGAGCCAGACAGGCGGUUCCUGGAGCUGGGCAACGGCCUAGGGGAGGGUGAAGGGCCUUCCUCUCACCCGCUCGGCUUCCACUUUCCUGUGCACCCCAAGUCUUGGCUCCACCCGGACGGCUUUCCCAUCCUGGGCCUCCCGGACUUUGGGGAGCGGCUGCCAGCCGACGGGCGCCCCCUUCCCGGACCCCUGGGGGGCCGGCUCUCCCUGGUGGAGGGCGCAGGGCUGGCUUGCGACCCUUUCGGCGGCGGUGCCGGGCCUGGGGGCGGCGGCGGCCUGCGCGCGUUCGGGCCUGCGGUCGGGGGCCUCCUUGCCGAACCGGCGCCCGCUGCGCUGGCCGAGGAGGAGAGCCCGUGGAUCUGCUCCGACUGUGGCAAGACGUUCGGGCGCCGCGCGGCGCUGGCCAAGCACCAGCGCUACCACGCUGGCGAGCGGCCGCACCGCUGUGCCGACUGCGGCAAGAGCUUCGUGUACGGCUCGCACCUGGCGCGCCACCGCCGCACGCAUACGGGCGAGCGGCCCUUUCCGUGCCCCGAGUGCGGCGCGCGCUUCGCCCGGGGCUCGCACCUGGCGGCGCAUGUGCGCGGCCACACCGGCGAGAAGCCCUUCGUGUGCGGCGUGUGUGGCGCGGGCUUCAGCCGGCGCGCGCACCUGACAGCGCACGGGCGCGCGCACACGGGCGAGCGGCCCUACGCGUGUGGCGAGUGUGGCCGCCGCUUUGGGCAGAGCGCGGCGCUGACGCGGCACCAGUGGGCGCACGCCGAGGAGAAGCCGCACCGCUGCCCCGACUGCGGCAAGGGCUUCGGCCACAGCUCGGACUUCAAGCGGCACCGGCGCACGCACACAGGCGAGAAGCCCUUCCGCUGCACCGACUGCGGCCGCGGCUUCGCGCAGCGCUCCAACCUGGCCAAGCACCGGCGCGGCCACACGGGCGAGCGGCCCUUCCCGUGCCCCGAGUGCGGCAAGCGCUUCUCGCAGCGCUCGGUGCUCGUGACGCACCAGCGCACGCACACGGGCGAGCGGCCCUACGCCUGCGCCAACUGCGGCCGCCGCUUCUCCCAGAGCUCGCACCUGCUCACCCACAUGAAGACGCACCGCGGCGCGGCAGGCGCGCCUGGCCCGGCGCCGGCGGCCCCCACCCCGAAGGCCGAGGCGCCUGCUAAGGGGCCGCCUGGCGCAGGCGCGGGGACCGGGCCCGGGGAGCGCGGCAGCACCCUGUUGGAGUUCGCGGGCGGAACGAGUUUCGGCUCUGAGCCGACGGCCGCGUUCGCGGGGCCCUCCGGCGCCUACGAGGAGAGCAUCAUGUGAGGGCCCCAGGCCGACGGAGGCGCAGCCCGCUAGGCCACCGGCCCCUCCCUGGGACGCCUCGGGCACCGGCCGCUGCGCGCGAGCCCCUGGCUCCUCUGGCUUCAGGGGGCUGAUGGUCCCAGUCCUAGUGCGGUGCUUUCCCCUCAGCCCAGGUGCACCGGCCUCGGGCUUCCCACCUGCCCGGCCCCAGGGAACCGGCCGCCCUGCUCGUAUGGCUGUGCGGUGGGGCGCAGAGGGAGAGGAGAACCGCCGCGGGGCAGGCGAGGGCAGGGGGCGGCCACCUCGACAGAGACUGCAACAUCCUUGGAUCAAUGCGGUGAGGCCAAGCGGUAGGGAUGGCAGGCGAUGUUAUUUAUUUUACUCGGAUUCCGAUUCGGGUGUACCGGGGGACAGGUGGCUUGUGAGUUUGUAAGUGGGUUUUACAGCGAUGGAGGGGAAGCCCUUGGGUUAAGGGAGGGUGGGUGGUCGAGGGCAGAGCAUACAGCUACUCCAGUGGGUUUGGCUGAUUUCUUCCCAUUCCUCAGCGGGAGACUUCAGGGUCCUUCUGGUCAUUCGAAUAUGUCUGGAAAGUUAAGGACUGUGUGCCGUGGCGUAGGGGAAUCCUCGUGGGUUUCCGAAGGACGAUGUUCCUCCCUAAUCUGGGGCGGGGGUGGGGGAAGUGGAGAUGCAAGUGGGAAAGGUUUUGUUCUGUCGAUUGUGGAUAUUUAUUUCCAUCGCUUGUGUGGCCUGAAAAAUCUGGGAGGAGAAAAAGCCAGAAACCAAAUUGUGGCCCAGGGCAGAUGCGUUGCAGGUGUUCACUGGGUCCCGAGGAAGUCUGAAGCCUUAUUCUCCAGUCGCUCGCUCUCCUCAGCCCACUGGAGGGCCGAGACCAGCCAGGCCCUGCAGCGUGCAGUCCCAGCCUGCCCUCUGAGUCCUGUGGUACUCUCACCUGGGGCAGCUGGAGGCGGCAUCCUCAGCCAUCUGUGGGGAGCCCCACAGACUCCAGCAGCCCUGGGCCCCAGCCUUCAACUCCCUGGGCUGCCACCUCUGUCUGAGCAAGUGGACACAUGGGGUCCUGCCUUUCUGAGCCCAUUGCUCAUUUAGAUUUAAUGCCCAAGUGUAAAGUGACUGAGGUGGGCAGCAGGAUCAUUUCUUAACAUGCUUACAUCCCAUAGUUAGGGCCCUAUGACCUCUGAGGGUUCCUUUAACUCUGCUUCUGUCAUUAUUCUACACUAGAAGCAAGUAGUGUUUCUGUUUAGAUUCCCACUUCACAGAGUGGGCAGUGAGUGGAGGGACCUUGGGUCGAGUGGUCUGUGCAGAGGUGGCCCACCUCUGGGGGUCCAGACUUGAACUGUGGCUCAGUGACUAGCCAAGUAUCCAACUAUGCAAGGCCUGCAGCUGGCCAGCACCCUGCCUUCCAGGCUGGACCGUUUUGAGCCACCGGGUCACCUGCAAGACCCCCCCAUCCCUUAAUGCCUUUUGGGCCAGUGCGAGUGGGGCCGGAAAACCGACAUUCUGAAGCAACUGCAUUCCCUUUUAGACCUAGUUCCUUCUGUAUUAGUGUAGACAUGGCCUUGGGGCCUGAGAGCCAGCAGCCAGGCUGCUAGAGGCUGGGGCGGGUAGUCGGCGGGGUGGGAAGAGGGCCUGGAUGGUGGUGGUAAGAAUUAGCCUGGCUGGGUGAGGCUGUGGGUGGGCUGGGGGGGUAAGGAGGACAGGGGUUCCCGAAGAGGCACUGCAGCGCUGGGUGGUGCCCACUGUCUCUGUUUCUCCCCGCUGUGGGAAGGAGCCUCAGGAAGGGGCCUGGGCAAUGUGGCCGCGUGGCCGGGGUCCAGUCCUGUCUGUCCUUUCUGGUGUGGCCCUGGAGUGCGUUCCCCGCUGGGCCCUAGCUGCUCUGCCCCACCCCGAAGCUGUUGGCAGGAGGAUCUAGCUUUAAUAAAGAGUGGAGAAACGAGCUUUUGUGACUGGAUUCCGUGUUGUUGCUGCUCCUCGGGGCCCGCAGAGAGGCCAUGCAAGGCCUCAGGCCCAUCUUGCUUCUGCAAGUAGUCUUUAGGAGUUUCUCUUUUCAGAAACUAAAAUUGGCCUGGGAGGAGUCAGCCCAAGAGAGCUUGGCCCCUGCUGCUUGCGUCCACUACGUCUUUCUGGGAGUCCCCAGCAGGCCCCCACACUGCCACAUGCCCUUUGAUACUCACACCUGUCUUGGGACAUUAUUGUGCUUAGGAUCUCACCUCCCCCUGGUCAGAGGAGAGCGGCCAGGCCCCCUUCCUGGGGGUCCAGACCCCUAUUCUGAGACCUCAAUGCCACGUGGGUUUACCCAGGUUCAUCUGCUCUGUGUCAGGGCAAAGCACACCUCCCUGGGGCUCUGAACACCUUUGAAUUGAUGUGUUGACUUUUCUCCUCCCCACAUGGUGUCCCCAUGACCAGAUCUGACCCUCCCAUCCUUUCCCCAGGGAUCUGAAGAACACAAACUAAGGAAUAAAUUCUCUUUUCAAAUGCGAUUUGGAGGCAUCAGAGCAGAACCCAGUAUUUCAGUGGCAGAUGGAUGUUAAGACCUUGAGAAUCUUAAAGUUCUUCAGAAAAGUUAUUCCCUGAUAGAGCUUACAGUUGUCCAGGCAAAUACUUUAUUUUAGGGGGAAAAUAGGCAAUCCUGAUGGUCAUAGAAAAAAAGUAGACAGCCCCCCCUGGUUUUGAGAGAAUUUCCAUAUCUCUGGAGUCUUGAUUAUUUCAGCAAAUGUCAAUGUAGCAUCUCCCAGCAUUGCCAAGGAGCAGUGGAAGCCCCCAGUGACCCGUGAGAUGUGACCCAUGAAAGGUGAUGUUUUGAGAGUCACGAGGCCCCUGAGCACCCUCUGGUCUCCAGUUAAUCUUCAUUGCUUGAAUUUCCCCAUCCUCCUCCCUUUCGCCUGACUCUUCACGUAGUCUCUUCAAACAUUUCCUUCUUUUUUUCUUUCCCUAAUUGGCUACAUAUGGAAUAAAGUAUUUUGAAAUUUUGGGUUAUAUUUAUUAAAUAAAGCUUUAUGAUCCUUGUUCACUAA